UUCAAUGAACCUGUAGAGUACUAUAAUUCGGUGCUUCCAAAACAGCAUGCCGACUGACGUCUUGCUCUGGCAGCAUGUACUAAUUCCGAGGUGCCUGAAUGCAUCGUGACUGUCACAUGGCAAGUGGUUGAUGGAGCUCGCGCUCCAGUUGAGCAGAGUGCAAGGUAGGCAGGAUAAAACAACCCUUCUUCGGCUCACCUUGUAUGCGACAGUCGUGUCACUUUGGGAAGGUUUGUGGUUCUCCGAGCAGUCACGUCUUCGAGAAGUGUCUGCAAAACAACAUUGAAGGAUAAGUUCGACAACCGUCUGAAGUAGACGCCUAUAUGCAUAUUUGAGGUCUAAUACUGCCCACCAUUACCAUGGAAACUCAGGCUAGUCACAUGCUCGAGGCAGCUCUGGGGCAGAUGGAUGACAUAAUUGCAAGUUCAAAAACAGCAGCGCUGGAGCUCACUAAUGGCAUGUAUGACCUUAGUUCUACCAUCAGCUCUGGGCCAAUGCAGGUCAUCCAGUUAGCUGUGGACCUCAAGCUUGCUUUGGAGCUCCAGGAUAACCAGGAGGACAGAGCACGCCUCCGAGAACAGUUGCCCACAGAAACAGCAAAGGCUCUAAAAGACUGGCUCCAGCCUGGAGAUGUGAACUUUUGUCCUCGUGCCAACAAUGAAACCUACCAAGAGAGACUCCUUCGCCUAGAGGGGGACAAAGAGUCAUUGGUGUUACAGGUGAGUGUCCUGACUGACCAGGUGGAGGCCCAAGGGGAGAAGAUCAGAGAUCUUGAAAGCUCCCUAGAAAAACACAGACAGAAACUAGCCUCCACAGAGGAAAUGCUGCAACAGGAGCUGGUAAACAGGACCUUUCUGGAAACUCAGAAGUUAGAUCUGAUGGAUGAGGUCUCCUACCUGAAACUGAAGUUGGUUAGCACUGAGGAAACUCACAACACACAUCUACAAGAUCCCAUGGACACAAACCAGAACAAAGCAGAGUGCGUGGUAAAUCUCAUCAGUGAACUCCAGGAGCAGAUGUGCAGGUUUCAGGAGGAAAUCAGCGCUCGGAUUCAGGAGAAGCGGGCCCUGGAAGAUUGUGACGCCCAGCAUGGAGAGUCACGUGCCGAUCAAGCCCGGGGUCACAGCACUCUGGUCAGGCUAAGCACCACAAACCUUAGCCUGUGUGACUCUGGUGCUUGGAAGCACAACGGAGGACUGAUAGCAAAUGAUUUAUUCCAAGAAGUGAAGCAUCUUAAAAAUAAAGUGGAGGAUCUCGAGAGUGAGAAAGGAGAGUAUGAGAGGCAACUUCGCAUCACCAAGUCCGAAAUUUGCGACCUGCAGCAGCUCCUUGCCUCCAAAGAUGCUGAGAUUGAAUGUCUGCAGACCCAACUUCUGGCCAGAGGCACCGCAGUCAAUGACAACGCAGAGAGAGACCACGAAUACCAGAGACUGAAGUUGGGGAUGGAGUCUCUUUUAGCUUCAAAUGAUGAAAAGACACAUCGCAUAGAAGAGCUGACAAAUCUGCUUGGUCGAUAUAGAAAGAUCAAAGAGCUCAUGGUACUGACGCAUGGAAGUAGUGAAGAGGAGCUGAGUGGCAGUUUAACAGUCAGAGCCAUCACACACAAAGCAUACUGUGAUAUCUACAGGUCUGAGAUGUCAUCAAGAGGAUCUUCCCCCCUUAUGUUAUCCUCAUUACCUUAUCAGAGAGAACUGGAUUCUUGUUGUCAGAAAUCUAUGGACGUACCACAUUCUACUGGUGAUACAAGGUUUUUAAAUGGAUUGUGGCAUCAUUGCAGGUUACAGUCUAGCAGUCUUGAAGAAUUGCAGAGCAGAUCUUUGCAAAAGCCUGUAGAGAUCCUGCCAGAUGAAAGAGAAUCAGACAUAGGGGGAGAGAAUCCACGCAUGGAACUCAACAAGUACCAGACGUUGCCAGGAAAGCUGAACCAAAAAGGUGAGCUCAGAACCAAGAUGAAUGGUGACGGCGAAAGAGAAGACGAGUAUUUAUCCCCCAUAAGGCUCUCGCUUGUCUCUAGCCAUGACCAGGACUACAGUCUAAGAUCUCCAGGAAAGUGCAAUCUUUAUUACAAUGAAUGUUCAGAGGAGCUAGAAGAGUCUAUAUUGUCAGACCAGUCUCCUCUGUCCUCUGGAAUGAACUCUGGUCACCACUCUCCUAUGUCACCCGAAAACAGGAAAAGUCAAAGAGGCAUAAAAAAGCUCUGGGGAUUGAUUCGUCGUAGUCAAUCAGGUAGUCCAAUCCAGAUACAUGACCCUGAGCUUGACGAGUUUAAGAGGGGAAGCACCAGAGCCACACCUGGACCAAGAUUUGCACGUUCUGGGAAUAUACGAGACCCAAAAGUAGCUUUUUCCAAGUGGAACACAGAGCAGGUGUGUGAAUGGCUUGAGGACAUCGGACUCGGCCAGUACGCCAUCUUGGCUCAACAGUGGGUCACCAGUGGUCAAAUUCUAAUGUCAGCCACCCCACAAGACCUAGAAAAGGAAAUGGGUAUGAAAAAUCCAUUGCACAGGAAGAAACUCCAUUUGUGCAUAAAGACGUUGACUACCAGGCAACAUGAGAAGUCUGCAGAGCUCGAUUACCUCUGGGUCAAUCGCUGGCUAGAUGACAUUGGCCUUCCACAGUACAAAGGCCAAUUCAAUGAAGGAAGAGUGGAUGGACAGAUGUUGCAGUACCUUACUGUGAAUGACUUGUUAGUCCUAAAAGUGACCUGCCAGCUGCAUCAUCUCAGUAUCAAGUGUGCCAUUCAUGUUCUACAUGUUAACAAGUUCAACCCUUACUGCCUCAAGCGCAGGCCUGGCACAGAGUUCAAUCACAGUGAGGUGGUCCAGUGGUCUAACCACCGAGUCAUGGAGUGGCUAAGAUCUGUGGACCUUGCAGAGUAUGCUCCAAACCUGAGGGGCAGUGGAGUUCAUGGAGGACUAAUAAUGCUGGAGCCUCGGUUUAAUUCCGACUCGCUCGCCAUGCUGCUUAACAUCCCACCACAGAAAACACUGCUGAGACGCCACUUAACCACUAACUUCAGCAACCUGGUGGGAGCACAGGCCCAGCAGGAGAAGAGAGAGUACACACAGGCAGUGAACUACACACCCCUCAGCACCACUGCUAAAGUUAAGUACCUGCUCAGCCGAGAGGAGCCACAGGAGUUGAGGCAGUCUCAGACGGCAUUGAUUCGAAGGAACUAAAGGUUAUGUUGUCCACUGAGCCCUGGCCCAAGUGUGGAAUAUCUACUGCAACAAGCUACUGCAGUCAAAGCUGAGUGGAGUACUGUAUAAAUGUGGCCUGGGGAAAAAAAGAAUUGGUCCCGCCCGUAUGAUAAUACUGACCUGUGAACAUGUUCAUUACUCCAAUGUAAUGUAAUGAUGCCAAUACAUUACAGGUAAUGUUCUGUUUAUUUUUGUGGAUGGAGUUCACAUGCAUAAGUCAGGUCCAAAGAUGACACUGUAUGAGUGUGACAUACUGUGGGAGACUGCAGAACUUUCUUUUUGCAUAUAGCGAAUACUGUUUAUUGUACGAGAGACCGAUUAUUUCACAGGAAAAUGAUUUUGUUAAAAAUGUAUAGUACAUAUAGUGGACUAUAGGUAUUUAGUUUGUGCCAAGUCACACCAGCACAUGUUGAUGAUGUGGUUUAUAUUCCAAGCCAGUGUACAAAGACCCUGCUCCUUUCCCAUGAAACUCAUAAAGCAUCAGGAAUUGGCAUCCAACAUUAUUAUUUUUUUUUUUAUAAAAAAUUGUGAGCAAUUCAUUGUGAUGAUAGGGGGUGCCAAAAGACAACAACCACACAUUCUGACAAAGGACAAGUGGCAUAGUAUAGUGAUAGACAAUGAGAAAUACAGGGAGUCCUUGGGUUACGAAUGAGGCCGUUUCUAUGCUGGUAAUAUAACUCGAAUUUUGUUGUAAGUCAGAUUUCACCAUUAAAGUCAGAAUUUAUGUCAAAAUACUUUGUAAAGAAAAACAACAAAACAUUGCAAUAAAAAACAAGACGUGUACUUAACUUUACUGCUGAGAGGUGGAUGGAAAUGAAAUAGGGGAGCCUAUGCUUAGCUAUUGUGAAGGAGUCUGGUUCAAAAUCCAUAAUUUAAGUAGCCUCUACAUCUCAACAAGUAUCAAAGAAAUUUGUUUUGUGAUUGUAUCCGACAUAAGAAUAAUUGUCAUCACAGUCGACCGACUGAAGCCUAGCUCUUUACCGAUGUUCGUCGGUGUCGCUCCAUACUUUCUUUCUUUUCUUCUUCUUUUUAUGAUCUUGAGCUUUGUUUCCAUGGUAAUGGAUUUUCUUCUGGCUGUAAGAAGCAAUUCUAAAAGAAACAGCUUUCUUCUUUGGGGCCAUAAUGUUUAAAACGGAGAGCGAAAAAUGUGAAGAUACUCCUGGCGCACAAACAUGGACAAGCACUACGCACAUUAGCGAGACAAAAUGGCGCACGGGGCUGGGUGUCGAAACGUCUUAGGUCCUUUUAACCCGAGGACUCCCUGUAUUCACAAAAUGAUUGCUUUUUAAGAUGGAUGUGUCCAUAAUUUGAAGGUGUGCCAUAAAAAUCUCUUAGGUUUGGUGAAAGGGUAUCAUUUUUGUUCCAUGCUGUGCUAUCAG